UGCACGGAUCGUUCGAUUUUUGGCGCACAAUUAGGUAAUUUCUGGAAGUUAUUUUAAGAUCGAUCCUCGAAGAAAGUACAGAGAAAACGAAGGAUUGAAUGACAUACAAUAUCGCUUAAUUUUAACACAAAUAAUGCCGUCCGACGCGAAAAAGAAACAACAGCAAAAGAAAAAGGAGGCGGCGAAGGCCAGACAGUCUGGAAAGAAACCGGCUCAAACACCUCAGACAAAAGGCGCAGAAAAUGGUAAAGAGGGCAGUCCCGGUGUCGGAGUCAUUCAAAAUGGAACCAAUGGAACUCCGAUCAGUGCAGAAGAGGCUUUAUGUUUAAAAUUGGAAGCAGAUGCCAGACUCAAUGCAGAAGCACGUUCGUGUACUGGAUCAUUGGCUUCCCAUCCGCGUAGUAGGGACAUAAAGAUAUCUAAUUUUUCUAUCACUUUCCACGGCUGUGAAUUGCUGCAGGACACUAUGUUAGAAUUAAAUUGUGGUAGACGUUACGGUUUACUCGGGCUCAAUGGUUCUGGAAAGUCUACUUUGUUGUCCGUACUUGGAAAUCGAGAAGUUCCUAUCCCUGAUCAAAUUGACAUAUUUCAUUUGACCAGGGAAAUGCCUGCUAGCAAUAAAACAGCUUUAGAGUGCGUGAUGGAGGUCGACGAGGAGCGUAUUCGGUUAGAGAAACUUGCUGAGGAACUGGUGGAGUGCGAGGAGGAAGAUGCUCAAGAACAACUUAUGGAUGUUUACGAAAGGUUAGAAGAUAUGACUGCUGACACUGCUGAAGCUCGUGCUGCUCAUAUUUUACACGGUCUGGGCUUCACUGCAAAAAUGCAAAAAACUGCUACUAAAGACUUUUCUGGAGGCUGGCGAAUGAGGAUCGCUCUUGCUAGAGCUUUGUACGUAAAACCUCACCUAUUAUUACUUGACGAGCCUACCAAUCAUUUGGACCUUGAUGCUUGCGUAUGGUUGGAGGAAGAGUUGAAGACAUACAAAAGAAUUUUGGUCAUCAUUUCUCAUUCGCAGGAUUUCCUUAAUGGCAUUUGUACAAAUAUCAUUCAUGUGAAUAAGAAACAGUUAAAAUAUUAUAGCGGUAAUUAUGAAGCUUUCAUCAAGACAAGGAUGGAAUUACUGGAAAAUCAAGCGAAACAAUAUAAUUGGGAACAGGAUCAAAUCGCCCACAUGAAAACUUACAUUGCACGGUUCGGUCACGGUUCGGCGAAAUUAGCCAGGCAAGCACAAUCUAAGGAAAAGACUUUGGCAAAAAUGGUAGCGCAAGGGCUUACAGAAAAGGUUGUCAACGACAAAGUACUGAACUUCUACUUUCCUUCUUGUGGAACUAUUCCACCUCCUGUUAUAAUGGUUCAAAACGUUAGUUUUCGUUACAACGAAGAUUCGCCUUGGAUUUAUAAAAACUUAGAAUUCGGUAUAGAUUUAGACACCAGAAUUGCAUUGGUUGGUCCAAAUGGUGCAGGGAAGAGUACUCUUUUGAAACUGCUAUAUGGAGAUUUGGUUCCAACGAGCGGCAUGAUACGUAAGAACAGCCAUUUACGAAUUGGGAGAUACCAUCAGCAUUUACAUGAACUACUAGAUUUAGAUAUGUCGCCUUUGGAUUACAUGAUGAAGGCUUUUCCAGAUGUUAAAGAACGCGAAGAGAUGAGAAAGAUCAUUGGUCGUUAUGGGCUAACGGGUCGUCAACAAGUAUGUCCAAUACGCCAGUUGUCCGAUGGUCAACGUUGCAGAGUAGUAUUUGCAUGGCUUGCCUGGCAAGUACCACAUUUGCUCCUUCUCGACGAACCUACGAAUCAUUUAGACAUGGAAACAAUCGAUGCUUUAGCUGACGCAAUUAAUGAUUUCGAUGGUGGAAUGGUACUCGUAUCUCACGAUUUCAGAUUAAUUAAUCAGGUUGCAGAGGAAAUUUGGGUAUGUGAAAACGGUGCCGUCACAAAAUGGAGCGGAAAUAUUUUAGAUUACAAAGAACAUCUUAAAAACAAAGUUCUCAACGACAACCAAAAAAGGCAAAAGGAUUUACAUAAAAGCAAAUAAUGUAAACAGUAA